CUUUGGAUUUUUAUGGUUUUCAACAUACAGCAUAAAUUCUGCCAACUUUUGCUUUUUCGGCCAAAUCAAAUUUUGACGGCCAACAGCUUUGAAAAAGAGCCAGAAUGAAGGAGUUUGGUCAAAUGGCAACCCUGCUGGGGGUUCAAAUGGCAAUCAAGCGAAGAUGUAAGAGAGAACGCCCCUGUAGAUCAAACAAACUACACAAAGAUUUCCUGCGGUCAUUUUCUUGCAUUCGCCUAAAACAUUUAACUGUUCUGUAGGGAUGUAUGGGCCCUGUUAAAGGUAAUGUGUCCAGCUAAAGCAAGCGACACUGCGGAGGUUCUUAGAAACAUGUGAUUUUUCAUGUCAUCGCCUCAGCCAUUACGGUCGUUCUUUUUAUCUAUCCUGCUGCGAGGUUAGCUUUUCAUGUGAGCAGUUUUGCAUUGCAAGAAUACUAACCAAUCGCAAGCCGUUAUUUUGAUGGGUGGCUUGACAAGUUGGGUAUACGCAGUCCUUUUAUAUGGAUCAGACAUCAUGUACGUUAGCUGUCUAUGAUCUAGUGCCGACCGUGCCAGUGGUACCAGAGUCUCCAUUAUUUAGCCUUUGCCACCGCAGCUGUCUACAAGACUUUACCCCGGAUUCAUGAGGCUCUCAGGGUAGCAACUGUUUAAAACGAUGAAAAAAUUCUGAUUCACGGGGCACAUGAGAUAAGCAUAGGCGUAGGAGACUCAGGCGAAAGUUAUUUUAUGUCCUCCCUCCCCUAAACGAUCUAUGACCUGCACACGCAUUGGUUGCCAAGAGACUCGGCCUCGCUCUCGGCGGCCUCGUUGACAGUGGCGUCAAAGGAUACAGAUUUGAUCUGUUGGGAUUGAAACCCUGCUGCUCUUGUUCUUUUGCCUUCUUGGUGAUUCAUUUACCUAGGUGCUAGAGUCAAAAUGGGCGUCUCCAGUGAUGUUUUGGUCUGCACAUUGGUCCUGGCGACAUUUCUAGGCCACGGAGAUUGCAGAAAGGCAAAAUCGAAGGUUGUGUUUGUCACACUGUGUUUCGAAUCAAGCCCUUACUUUAAUAGCUUGGAAUUGGCAGAGGAGCUGGUGAAGCGCGGAUUGGAGGUCUCAAUUUUAACAACGAAACAUAUGAAGACCCGGAAAAGCACUGUAAAACAUGUUGAAUAUCAACUACCGAAUCCACAGUUAGCAGAAAAGAUGUUAAAUUAUGUAGGCGCUGUAUCAAGCCGUUCGGGACUAUCUGCUUUGUUCUCUACAUUUAGAGAUCUAUCGCAGCUUUUUCUAGACUCAUGCUUUGCAAUGCUGAAAAACAACGAUGUUCUCAAAGAGAUAGAGAAUGCGGACAUGAUCGUGACAAUAUCGGUGAUGCCAUGUGGGCACUAUAUUGCUGAUAUGUAUGACAAGCCAAAAAUAACACUAAACCCAUCUUCACUAUCGACUAUCUCUUCAGAGGCUGGAGUUCCGAACCUUGCUAGCUUUGUCCCGAUGGUAACAUCGCCCUUUUCUGAUGAAAUGUCUUUCUUGGAGCGGGUACAAAAUUUCAUCGAGUAUAGAAUAAAAGAAGUCAUUGUCAAUUUUUGGUUGACAUAUUGGUUUAGAGAGCUAAGAUUUGCAAACGAUCGGAAAGGCAAAGGGAGCUACCUUGAGGUUUUUGGAAAUGCAGAGAUGGUCAUAGUGCCGCUUGACUUCUCAUAUCAGUAUGUCACCCCAAUAAUACCCAAUGUCUUUUUUGUUGGAUCAUUUUUGACAAAGCCAUCAAAACAGUUACCUGAAGAUCUUGAAGAGUUCAUGCAAAGCUCUGGAGAGCACGGAGUUGUGUUGCUUGCUUUUGGUAGUGCAGUGUGUAGUAUGGACCAAGUCAUUGUUGAAAGAAUUCUAACUGCCAUUUCACGCAUGAAGCAAAAGUUCAUCUGGAAAAUGAAAUUGACAGAAAACUUGACUAUCCCUCCAAACCUGAAAGCACUGAAAUGGGUACCCCAGAAUGACAUUCUUGGCCACGAAAAGACCAAGGCUUUCGUUAGUCACAUGGGCAUAAACGGAGCCGCUGAAGCUGCGUAUCACGGUGUGCCGAUUGUCGCUGCGCCAUUCACAGCUGAACGAUUGCAUAAUACGGUUCUGUUUUCUAAAAAAGUGAAAAUGGCCAAGUUUAUUGAUAUUUUAAAUGCUGAUGCAGAUACAUGGCAAAGAACUAUCGAAGAGGUCAUAUACAAUUCUAGCUACAAGGAGCAUGCAAUGAUGACGUCAAAACGUAUGCGAAGCUGGCCUAAAUCAGGCACAGAGAUAGCCGGAGAUCUUGUUCAGUAUGCACUUGAUAAUGGUGGACGUCUGCCUCAUUUGAAAUCAAACGCAAACACUCUGUACUGGUUUCAAUACUACUGUGUCGACGUCGUUGCGUUUUUGCUUGCGCUCGCAGUGUUGUUACUCUUAGUUUUCUAUAAAAUGUUGAGACUCCUGAUUUCAUUUCUCUGUGGAAAAAGGUCAAAGUCGAAGGAAGAAUAGUAUGAGGUACUUCGUAUUUUUCUGUAAUAAACUCUCAGUAUACAACUAAAAAAUCCCCGUAGCUAUUUGUUCUUUUAUCUUAAUCAUCAUAUAUCGUCAGGAUUAGUUUAGAAAAAUGAAAGUGUAAACUGGCCCAAGCAGAUGGAGUUAGGAAACCGGGUUUCGAAUGAAUAGCAAGAAAUUCCAGAUAACCUUCUGCAUUGUGAAAAUGCGUCUAGAGAAUCAGAAACGUUUUUGUGCAUUGUUUUUUUGCAGAAUACAAAUGCUAGAAGGGAAACACUACAGAAAACUCAUUUCCUUGUUCUCAAUGUUUUAUAGUUUAUAAAAAUACUUUGUCUUUGCUUAAUGCUUGAUCGCUGCACAUUUUGGGGGUGGGAACAGAGGAAAUAUCAUUGUAAGAGAAAGAAACUAAUCUUUGAUGUAACUACCAGAAUUUGCUUGGCAGAAAAAUGUUCCUUACGCUUUUGUAACCAGUUGCUUAUGGGGGUGUUUUUCUCGCUAGUAAAUUGAGGUUUUUCCUUACGUCUAGACGUAAAUCUAUUUUUAAUUUUGAUCUCUAUUUUACUAUCGUUAUCAUAAAUGCUCUAUAAAGAAUUCGAUCUUUUGCAUUUGAUACUCAGUUUUAUCCCCAUUUCAGGCUUAAUGCAGGCAGAAAGCUUUCUUGAGUAACUCCAAAAUAGAAGUUAUUUGUAAGACUUUCCGGGCGUCAAUAGCUCUUUAUAAUCUUCCUUAUCCAAACGGACAAGCGCUUCUUUUUUCAUAAGAGUAAUACUUUGGUUUUUUCAGCAUUGAUUGCCAUCUUGAACAUUGAAUGCCACUUGUCAUAUCUAGCUGGGAUCGAGAUCCUUCUGCACAAUUUGAAAACAAAACUGGAUCAUUUUACGAUCAGAUCCGAAUCGGGUUUAGAACACUUCUAAUUGGCCUAGCAUUUACACAGGAACUGUAUAUGUACAUUUCUAUUCGCUAUCCGAACACUUGUUGAAUCACCUUUAGAAGGGUUCCAAUAUGUGUCCGCUCAGCAGUAGAUCCCGUGUAAACGGUUUGUCCUAUAACGUGUCACGCAUGCGCCGUCACUUGUUAAUAACACCAGGUUUAUCUAUAGAUAUUGUUAAUCAAAGUUUAAUUGGGGUUAAUUUACAAACCAGGAUAACGUAAGAGUGCAUUCUUUUUUGCCUCUAUCUUUACCUUCAUUUGAAGGAAACGCCCCUUACAUCUGGUGGAGAACCCUUUUUAGCAUAUCGAUUUCCCAGGAUGAGACUCUUGGAUCAAUUCAGCGUUCAGUUGCAGUCGUUAUAUAGCCUGUGCUCCAGGCCUACCACAGGAACACAGGUUAUUGCUAGAGAAUGCUGCAAACGAAUCGCAAACCGAAGAAUUGGCCCACUUUACUGGGGCCGAAUUCACAGGUGCCGGAGAUCUUGACCAUUUUAUCGAGCAAUUUACAUAUGUUCUGUGUUCUUCUGUGGUCAAAGCUCAGCAUCAAGACGUAUCUCUAUAAAGCUGCACUCGACACAUACUUCCUAUUAAUCCAAUUUUUCCCGGCAGCUAAGAUCAGAACAUCAGUACCAUGGAAAUUGGGGGCUUUUAUUGAAAGUGCGGGGGCAAAAUGUUUACAUUGCUCAGGUUUUUAGUGAAAGCCGCUACGCCGCUACUAUGGUUAGAGGUGAGAAAAAUUUGAGUUCAUACGCCGCAUUACUGCCGCAGCGAAUUAAAGUGCAAUUAGAUGCGACAGUAUUCUCCUGAAGUUUGUGCUUUGUUUCAGACGCCGAAUUUAAUUAGCCCCGGUCGAUUUUAAAAUGGUGCAAAAUCCUGCGCAGCGCCACCGAUGUGAUGUUCCUUUCUAAUUUCUUCAUGACAAAAUGGCUAUUGCGUCAAUGAAGGAAAUGUGCUUUUGCGGCUAGCAACCUCUUUUAAAACGUAGUGAUCUUUUCCUGUAGUAAUCAUUUUCGCAAAUAGCAUCGACAAUCUCGUAUACGCUUUCUUCAGACCAUACUGAUUUCCGUCCUUUUUUCUUCUGGCUGUGUUUCAAAGUACAUGAAACUUGUUCUUUCAGGGCCUGGCCUAGUAUUCAUGUUCAUCGGCAUCUUCUUGACUUUCUAUUUCAUCACCAGAAGAUUCCUCUUCGUCAUACGCUUCAUGUUCUGCUGAAAAAUCAAUCAACGUCUUGCUCAUCUGGUAGGCUGUUGCAAUUUUCCCACUCUUUGUUUUCUCGCAAAAACGAUGAUAGUUUUGAUCGAAAGGCAGCCGUUAUAACCAAAGACUAUGAGAUGUUGGCCGGCACAGCACAACUAUACGCAUGCGUAUUACCGUUUAAUCACUCUUCGAUCAAUCAAAAUCAUUAUCAAUCACAACUUUCAUUGAAUUCGCUGAAAACGGCAUCUGAAACCAAGCCGCAUUUCUGCUGAAAUUAUUAUUUUAAUGCGACAGAGCUGCCGCAUGUAUUUUUUGCCGCAUUUAAUUGACACUUUAAUUUAAUUCGCUGCGGCAGUCAAUUCUAAUUUUCUAUGAGGGCCUAAACUUCAAUAGUUUUUUACCAACAAAACCUUAUAAAUUGUCUCGUAAAUAAUUAUUCAGCUGUAUGAUAAAGUUUCUAGAUUUCAUAAAUUUGGAAGAUCGAGCGUAAAGACUGUUGGUUUAAUUAGCGCAUCAAAACAUACGUAGUCCAGAAAUUAGGAGUUAAUUUUUCUCCUUCUACAACUUGCCCAUUGCUCCACUAUCUUAUCUUAAUUUACGUUGUCCAAAAUGUCUUUCUUGCAAGUCUCGCAAGUAAGAAUCAUGAGGUCGUUUAGUCUUUCACAGGGGCGGCCCCAUAAAAAUUCAAAGUGGGUGGGGGGCGGGCUCGAGUUGAUAAAAUUAUUUGACUAAAGAACCAUCUUUUGACUGAAACCCCAGCUUUCCACCUGGCAACGCCUAUGUUUCAUCGGUCGAUCUCGAACGGAGAAAGUUCUUGACAAGUCAUGGGAAAUAUUAUAUAAAAAUUCUAUUUCGUAUCCCGUUUUUAGAAGCAAUUUGAUGGAAUGAUUAUCACA